CAAUCACAACAGGACAUGUCACUGUGAGGGCCCCAUAUGCUGAGCACUGUACCAGAAGUAAAAGAUGCCAGGUGCUAUUGUUCAUGACACACACACUGUCUUCAUCAUCUAAUGCUGCUAUAACAGAAAUACCACAAGUGGAUGGGAUGGCUUUAAUGAAGAGAAAUUUAUUUCUUCACAGUAAAGUAGGCUAAAAGUUCAAAUUCAGGGUGUCUGCUCCAGGGGAAGCCUUUCUCACUCUGUCAACCUUCUCAUAAAUAUUCCCCCAGACUAGGAGCUUCUUUGCCCAGGUACCCUGGGUCCAAAGGACUCACUCUGCUCCCAGCACUGCUUUCUUGGUGGUGUGAGGUCCUCCUGUCUCUCUGCUUGCUUCUCUCUUUUAUAUCUCAAGAAAUUACCUUAAGACACAAUCCAGUCUUUAGGUUGAGUCCUGCCUCACUGACACAAGUGCCACCCACCCACCUUCAUUACCAUCAUAGAGGCAGGAUUUACAAUAUAUAGGGAAAUCACACAAUACUGGAAAUUAUGGCCCAGCCAAAUUGAUACACACAUUUUUGGGGGAAUAUGAUUUAAUCCAUGACAUACACACACACACACACACACACACACACACAAUCACAAUAGGACAUGUCAUUGUGAGGCCCCAUAUGCUGAACACUGUAGCAGGGGUGGUUUUCAAACUUUAGCAUACAUCAAAAUACAUGGAAGUCUUGUUGAAACACAAACGGCUGAACUUCAUCCCAGAGUUUAUCAUCAGUAAGUCCAGAGUGAGUUUGAAAAACUUAUAUUUCUAAAAAGAUCCCAGGUGAUGCUCUUGCUGGGCAUCCAGGAGCCACACAUUUGAUUAUCUGUCAUCCCAUCUUUUCCAUCAGAUUCACCAACAAUAUGGAACCUAGAAACCAAACAGAUGUUUCAGAAUUUCUUCUUCUGGGACUUACAGAGGAUCCAGAACUGCAGCCUGUCUUAUUCAGUUUGUUUGUAUCUAUGUACCUGGCCACCCUCCUGGGAAACCUACUUAUUGUCCUGGUUGUCAGCUCUGACUCCCACCUCCACAACCCCAUGUACUUCUUUCUUUCCAAUCUCUCCUUCGUUGAUAUCUGUUUCCCGAACAUGCUGGUGAACAUCCAAGCACAGAAUCAAAUCAUCACUUAUGUAGGCUGCCUGACCCAGGUCUGUUUUGUAAUGAUAUUUACUGGUUUGGAAAAUUGUCUCCUUGCAGUAAUGGCCUAUGACCGCUAUGUGGCCAUCUGCCACCCACUGAGGUACACCAUCAUCAUGAACCUCCACUGCUGUGGCUUGCUCUCCCUACUCUCCUUACUAACUAGCAUUGUGAACGCCCUCCUUCACAGUCUGUUGGUGCUGCAUUUGUCCUUCUGCAUAGACCUGGAAAUCCCUCAUUUCUUCUGUGAACUUGCUCAGAUUCUCAAGCUCGCCUGUUCUGAUACCCGCAUCAAUUACAUCCUAGUGUAUUUUGUGGCUACUGUAUGGGGUGGUGUUCCUCUCUCUGGAAUCAUUUUCUCUUACACUCAGAUUUUCUCCUCUGUUUUGAGAAUGCCAUCAGUGGGUGCAAAAUAUAAAGCUUUUCCCACCUGCAGGUCUCACCUUUCAGUUGUGUCCUUAUUCUAUGGAACAAUCUUUGGUGUGUACAUCAGUUCUGCAUUUACACAUUCUCCCAGGAAGAUAGCAGUAGCUUCAGUGAUGUACAGUUUGGUCCCUCAAAUGAUGAAUCCCUUUAUCUACAGCCUGAGGAACAGAGACAUAAGGGGACCCUUGAGGACAUUCAUCAGUAGAAUACUAUCAUUUUAGUGAUUGUGUCACCUGUUUUUGGGCUUGGGAC